AUGCACUUAAAGCCCACACUCUCCUAUGUGGUGGUGUCGUCUGUUGUGUCGAGUCUGGACUCCCCUGCCAAGACUAGCUCCAUGGAAAAGAAACUUCUCAUCAAAAGCAAAGAGCUGCAAGACUCUCAGGACAAGUGUCACAAGAUGGAGCAGGAAAUGACCCGGUUACAUCGGAGAGUGUCUGAGGUGGAGGCUGUGCUUAGUCAGAAGGAGGUGGAGCUGAAGGCCUCUGAGACUCAGAGAUCCCUCCUGGAGCAGGACCUUGCUACCUACAUCACAGAAUGCAGUAGCUUAAAGCGCAGUUUGGAGCAAGCACGGAUGGAGGUGUCCCAGGAGGAUGACAAAGCACUGCAGCUUCUCCAUGAUAUCAGAGAGCAGAGCCGGAAGCUCCAAGAAAUCAAAGAGCAGGAGUACCAGGCUCAAGUGGAAGAAAUGAGAUUGAUGAUGAAUCAGUUGGAAGAAGACCUUGUCUCUGCAAGAAGACGGAGUGAUCUCUAUGAGUCUGAGCUGAGAGAGUCUCGGCUCGCAGCUGAAGAAUUCAAGCGGAAAGUAACAGAAAGUCAGCAUAAACUGAUGAAGGCUAAGGAUCAAGGAAAGCCUGAAGUGGGAGAAUAUGCCAGACUGGAGAAGAUCAAUGCUGAGCAGCAACUCAAAAUUCAGGAGCUCCAAGAGAAACUGGAAAAGGCUGUGAAAGCUAGCACAGAGGCCACCGAGCUCCUUCAGAAUAUCCGCCAGGCAAAGGAGCGAGCAGAGCGGGAGCUGGAGAAGCUGCAGAACCGAGAAGAUUCUUCUGAAGGCAUAAAAAAGAAACUGGUAGAAGCUGAGGAACGCCGCCAUUCUCUGGAGAACAAGGUAAAGAGGCUAGAGACCAUGGAGCGUAGAGAAAACAGACUGAAGGAUGACAUCCAGACAAAAUCCCAACAGAUCCAGCAGAUGGCUGAUAAAAUUCUGGAGCUGGAGGAGAAGCAUCGGGAAGCCCAGGUCUCAGCCCAGCACCUAGAGGUGCACUUGAAACAGAAGGAGCAGCACUACGAGGAAAAAAUUAAAGUAUUGGACAAUCAGAUAAAGAAAGACCUGGCUGAUAAGGAGACCCUGGAAAAUCUGAUGCAGAGACACGAAGAGGAAGCCCAUGAGAAAGGGAAAAUUCUCAGUGAGCAGAAGGCGAUGAUCAAUGCCAUGGAUUCCAAGAUCAGAUCCCUGGAACAGAGGAUCGUGGAACUGUCCGAAGCCAAUAAGCUUGCAGCAAAUAGCAGUCUUUUCACCCAGAGGAACAUGAAGGCUCAAGAAGAGAUGAUUUCAGAGCUCAGGCAACAGAAGUUUUACCUGGAGACGCAGGCUGGGAAGUUGGAGGCCCAGAACCGGAAGCUGGAGGAACAGCUGGAAAAAAUCAGCCACCAGGACCACAGUGACAAGAAUCGGCUACUUGAGCUAGAGACAAGGCUGAGGGAGGUCAGUCUAGAGCAUGAGGAGCAGAAACUGGAGCUAAAGCGCCAGCUCACAGAGCUGCAGCUCUCCCUUCAGGAGCGCGAGGCCCAGCUUACAGCCCUCCAGGCGGCCCGGGCGGCCCUGGAGGGCCAGCUGCGCCAGGCAAAGACGGAGCUGGAGGAGACGACAGCUGAAGCAGAAGAGGAGAUCCAGGCUCUCACGGCACAUAGAGAUGAAAUCCAGCGCAAAUUUGAUGCUCUCCGUAACAGCUGUACUGUAAUCACCGACCUGGAGGAGCAGCUAAACCAGCUGACAGAGGACAACGCCGAGCUCAACAACCAAAACUUCUACUUGUCCAAACAACUUGACGAGGCUUCUGGUGCCAACGACGAGAUAGCGCAGCUGCGCAGUGAAGUGGAUCACCUCCGUCGGGAGAUCACCGAGAGGGAGAUGCAGCUUACCAGCCAGAAGCAAACGAUGGAGGCUCUGAAGACCACGUGCACAAUGCUGGAGGAGCAGGUUAUGGAUCUGGAGGCCCUGAACGACGAGCUGCUGGAGAAGGAGCGGCAGUGGGAGGCAUGGAGGAGCGUCCUUGGUGACGAGAAGUCCCAGUUUGAGUGUCGAGUGCGAGAGUUGCAGAGGAUGUUGGACACUGAGAAGCAGAGCAGGGCAAGAGCCGACCAGCGGAUCACCGAGUCACGUCAAGUGGUAGAGCUGGCGGUGAAGGAGCACAAGGCCGAGAUCCUGGCUCUACAGCAGGCUCUCAAGGAGCAGAAGCUAAAAGCUGAGAGCCUCUCCGACAAGCUCGGUGACCUGGAAAAGAAGCAUGCCAUGCUUGAAAUGAACGCCCGGAGCUUGCAGCAGAAGCUCGAGACGGAGCGAGAGCUCAAACAGAGGCUGCUGGAGGAGCAAGCCAAAUUACAGCAGCAGAUGGACCUGCAAAAGAAUCACAUUUUCCGCCUGACUCAAGGGCUGCAGGAAGCUCUUGAUCGGGCCGACCUGCUGAAGACGGAGAGGAGUGAUCUGGAGUAUCAGCUUGAGAACAUUCAGGUUCUCUAUUCUCAUGAAAAAGUGAAAAUGGAAGGCACUAUUUCUCAACAGACCAAACUCAUCGAUUUUCUGCAAGCCAAAAUGGACCAGCCUGCAAAAAAGAAAAAGGGUUUAUUUAGUCGACGGAAAGAGGACCCUGCUUUGCCCACACAGGUUCCUCUGCAGUACAAUGAGCUGAAGGUGGCCCUGGAGAAGGAGAAGGCUCGCUGUGCAGAGCUGGAGGAGGCCCUUCAGAAGACCCGCAUUGAGCUCCGGUCCGCCAGGGAGGAAGCUGCCCACCGAAAAGCCUCAGACCACCCCCACCCAUCUACGCCAGCCACAGCGAGGCAGCAGAUCGCAAUGUCUGCCAUUGUGCGGUCGCCCGAGCACCAGCCCAGUGCCAUGAGCCUGCUCGCCCCGCCUUCCAGCCGUAGAAAAGAGUCUUCAACUCCAGAGGAAUUCAGUCGGCGUCUUAAGGAACGCAUGCACCACAAUAUUCCUCACCGAUUCAAUGUGGGACUAAACAUGCGAGCCACGAAGUGUGCUGUGUGUCUGGAUACUGUGCACUUUGGACGCCAGGCAUCCAAGUGUCUCGAAUGCCAGGUGAUGUGUCAUCCCAAGUGCUCCACGUGCUUGCCAGCCACCUGCGGCCUGCCCACCGAGUAUGCCACGCACUUCACUGAGGCCUUCUGCCGUGACAAAAUGAACUCCCCAGGCCUCCAGACCAAGGAGCCCGGCAGUAGCUUGCACCUGGAGGGGUGGAUGAAGGUGCCCAGGAAUAAUAAGCGAGGACAGCAAGGCUGGGACAGGAAGUACAUUGUUCUGGAAGGAUCUAAAGUCUUAAUUUUUGACAGUGAAGCCCGAGAAGCUGGACAGAGGCCGGUGGAAGAAUUUGAGCUGUGCCUUCCCGAUGGGGACGUGUCUAUUCAUGGUGCCGUUGGUGCUUCUGAGCUUGCAAAUACAGCUAAAGCAGAUGUCCCAUACAUACUGAAGAUGGAAUCUCACCCGCACACCACCUGCUGGCCUGGGAGAACGCUCUACUUGCUAGCUCCCAGCUUCCCUGACAAACAGCGCUGGGUCACUGCCUUAGAAUCGGUGGUCGCAGGUGGGAGAGUGUCUAGGGAGAAAGCAGAAGCUGAUGCUAAAUUGCUUGGAAACUCCCUCCUGAAACUGGAGGGUGAUGACCGCCUCGACAUGAACUGCACACUGCCCUUCAGCGACCAGGUGGUGUUAGUGGGCACUGAGGAAGGGCUGUACGCACUGAAUGUCUUGAAAAACUCCCUGACCCACGUCCCAGGCAUCGGAGCCGUCUUCCAGAUUUAUAUCAUCAAGGACCUGGAGAAGCUGCUCAUGAUAGCAGGGGAGGAGCGGGCCCUGUGUCUGGUGGAUGUGAAGAAGGUGAAGCAGUCUCUAGCGCAGUCGCACCUUCCCGCCCAGCCAGACAUCUCGCCCAACGUUUUCGAAGCUGUCAAGGGCUGCCACUUGUUUGCUGCUGGAAAGAUUGAGAAUGGGCUCUGCAUCUGUGCAGCCAUGCCUAACAAAGUUGUCAUUCUCCGUUACAAUGAGAACCUCAGCAAGUACUGCAUCCGGAAGGAGAUAGAGACCUCAGAGCCUUGCAGCUGUAUCCACUUCACCAAUUACAGUAUCCUCAUUGGAACUAACAAAUUCUACGAAAUUGACAUGAAGCAGUACACGCUGGAGGAAUUCCUGGAUAAGAAUGACCAUUCCUUGGCGCCUGCUGUGUUUGCCUCCUCUUCCAACAGCUUUCCUGUCUCAAUCGUGCAGGUGAACGGUGCAGGGCAGCGGGAGGAGUACUUGCUCUGCUUCCACGAGUUUGGGGUGUUUGUGGAUUCUUAUGGAAGACGUAGCCGCACAGAUGAUCUCAAGUGGAGUCGCUUACCUCUGGCCUUUGCCUACAGAGAACCUUACCUGUUUGUGACCCACUUCAACUCGCUCGAAGUAAUUGAGAUCCAGGCACGUUCCUCUCUGGGGACCCCUGCCCGAGCAUAUUUGGAAAUCCCGAACCCACGCUACCUGGGCCCUGCGAUUUCGUCGGGAGCCAUUUACCUGGCUUCCUCAUACCAGGAUAAAUUAAGGGUCAUUUGCUGCAAAGGAAACCUUGUGAAGGAGUCUGGCACUGACCACCACCGGGUCCCCUCCACAUCCCGCAGCAGCCCCAAUAAACGAGGCCCGCCAACCUACAACGAGCACAUCACCAAGCGUGUGGCCUCCAGCCCGGCGCCCCCUGAAGGGCCCAGCCACCCCCGAGAGCCAAGCACACCCCACCGCUACCGGGAGGGGCGGACAGAGCUGCGCAGGGACAAGUCCCCUGGCCGCCCCCUGGAACGAGAGAAGUCACCAGGCCGGAUGCUGAGCACACGGAGGGAGCGGUCCCCUGGGAGACUGUUUGAAGACAGUAGCAGGGGCCGCCUGCCCGUGGGGGCCGUAAGGACCCCACUGUCCCAGGUCAAUAAGGUCUGGGACCAGUCUUCAGUAUAA